UUCAACACUUUGAUUUACUAUUGUAAUCGAGUUGGCAAAUGGCAACACUUGUCUGAAGAUUUAGAUUUUCGUGUUCACAUUUUAAAUUUCGUAGAAAGUCGCACAGUGUUUAACAUUUUGUUAAGUAGAAAUAGUUAUUACAAUGCCCAGGCGACGAAGAUUUACUCCUUUGAAAAAUAAAAGAACCCCAAAGAAAGAGGAUGAUCCGAAAGUAGAUCAAGAAGUUACUACUGCCCGUGGUAGACUUAAAGGUGCAUUAAUGGAGAUCUUGGAACCAUCAGCUGGUAUAGACUCUGAUAACUCUUCAGACUAUGUCAAAAAGGACAAGAAGUCAACUAGUAGUGAAUCAUCAUCAGAUGAAGAGGACAGGCUAUAUAGAGCCCCACAACGCCAGUCAUAUGUCCUCAAGCUAUUUGAUAGAAGUGUAGAUCUCUCUCAGUUCUCUGAUGAGACACCCUUGUAUCCAAUAUGCAGGGCAUGGAUUAUCAAUCAACCAAAAUCUGAUUAUAGAAAGAUAAGUAUUCUAAAUAUGGGUGAAAGUAUGAAAGAAGAAAAUGAUUCAGUUCAUGAGUUACCAGACCCUGAUGGUCCAGUCAUCUCCCGUGUUCCAAAUCUUAUUCCUGAACAGGUGUCUGUGAACAAGGACAAUAUUUAUUUGAAUUAUGAACAUACUCUUCCGACUAAAGAUGAAUUGCUCUCUACUAACAUGAAAAGAUGGAGCAAAGUGCGUAUCGCAUGGCAAGACCAAUCUCAAUUAGUACAUCAGCGAUAUGCUGCCACACAGGAUGUGCUCAAUAAGCUGAAUGUCAAUGGACUGUAGUACGCGCUUGUAGCAUCAAUUGGAUGAGAUGAUUCUGGUUUUUUAUAAUUUGUUUUGUGGUAUGAUUAUUUAAAUCGUGAUUGUAAAUAGUAUAUCUGAUUGAUUUUAUGAAUUCUACUUUUUAAUCAAACUUUUUCUUAAUUUUUCUUUUGUGUUGUACUUAAAAUAGAGAAAAUAUAGAUUCCUUUGAUAACUUUUAAUAAUCAAUUAUUGUAAAUAUGAAUAAAAAGCAUUGUAUAAGAUUUUUAAGUAUAAUUAUAAAAUGUAACAUUUACUUAGA